AUGUAUUUCAUCUAUAUGAAAAAGACAUGCAGUUUUCUUGGAUCACAGGAACUGAUAAACGAAGCAUAUGAAUUUCAGCUCAAGUCUGAGCUUUUCAAGUUUCAUGUCAAGAAGGCGCAUCCGCAUCUGGAAAGUGAUGAUGCGAGGUCCAGGAACGCAAGAGGAACGCUGGCAAAGACCCGUCAUCUUUCCUUAGAAGACUUGAAGGUGGUAAAUGGAUAUCUGGAACUUCUGCCAAAACCCCUUAGCCAGGCGGAAACUCCAUCGAUAGAAAGGCACUGGGAGGAAGCUUACACCCUGCCCCAACUCCAUGGAGCCAACGAAAGCGGACGGGUACAAAGGUUUCAGGGAAAAGACAAGUCCAGCAGAGUGUACUUGAUUCCCAAUCGAUCCCAAUUCUUUAACCAUAAUGUGGACAAUAUGCCAGCUCUGUUGCACCAACUGCUGCCCGCCUAUGAUCUCAUCGUGCUGGAUCCUCCGUGGCGGAAUAGGUACAUUCGCAGGCUAAAGCGGGCCAAGCAGGAGCUGGGGUACUCGAUGCUGAGCAAUGACCAACUAUCGCACAUCCCGAUAUCCAGGCUCACACACCCGAGAUCCUUGGUGGCCAUCUGGUGCACCAAUUCAACGCUGCAUCAGGUGGCCCUGGAGAAGCAGUUACUGCCCAGCUGGCACUUGAGGCUGCUUCAUAGGCUCCGAUGGUACAAACUCAGCACAGACCAUGAAUUGAUUGGUCUGCUGGCGGAUACCACCCAGAAACAGCCGUACGAAAUGCUCUACUUGGCCUGUCGCUCUGAUGCUCCUGAGAACUACGGGAAGGACAUCCUGAAGACCGAGCUGCUUCUCAGCGUGCCUAGCAUUGUGCACUCCCACAAGCCACCACUACUGGCUUGGCUUAGGGAGUACCUGCAGCUGGAGGAGAAUCAGGCGGAUCCAAACUGCUUAGAGCUCUUUGCCCGGUUUCUGCAUCCCCACUUCACUUCAAUUGGCUUGGAGGUGCUUAAAUUGAUGGACGAAAGACUUUAUGAUGUGGGUCAAGAAGAUUAAUUGAGAUAACUAACUAAUUACAUUUGUAAAGUAUGUAUGUGUAUUUAGUUAUUUAUAAAUGUUUGUGAAUUCUACUGAUUUGUUUUCCAAAUAAAUGGUCUACUU